AUGUUAGCAUUGUUGACGCAAUUCGAAAGAAAGCCAGAUUGUUUCAAAGAAGCUACGACGGCACUAAAAGAUGGUUGCAAAAGUUUAAAUUUAUCCGAUAAUGAUAAGAUCCAAUAUGCGGUUCGACUUACUAAAUGCAAGCUUGCUAUUGCUAACUUUGCUGCUCCUAUGGAAUGUGAAGAUAUUAAUUAUGAUGUCGGGAGAUGCGUUGAAGCCAUUUCGAAAAUUCCUCAACUUUGGACUACCUAUGAUAGAUAUCAUAAUGAAGCUUUUCAAAUGUGCAUUUCAGUGAGAUGUUCCGUUAGGCGAGAUUCGCUUGAAGAAAUUCAUAGAAUUAUUAGGGUCAUUUAUCAAAUACUAAAACAUCAGCAAAAUGAAAAGAACGCUUGCCGUGAAGAAGAAAUGAAGCAAAUUAAACAACUUCAUAAAGAAUUUAAGGAAAUGAUGUAUGAUAAUACAGGAUCAUUAAAAAAAGAUUUGUUGGAUUCUCAACUAUUGACCCAAAGCAUUUCGAAUUUAAUAAUACAUUUUAAAGAGGAAUUCGAGAAAUUUAGUUUUAACAUGAGAGAGACCUUUGGUGAUAUGAACCACGCAAAUAAUCAACAAUUGAGCAUAUUAGUGGCUACUGAAGACAUGGCUCAACAAGUUUUUCAGUAUUUGCAAAAGAUUAAUUCCGUAGCACAAGGUACGUUAUCAUCACAAGAGCAAGCUUACGACAACAUGGAAGAUAUCAAGUAUAAGCAUCGCGAAUUAUCAAAUCAAUGGCAUAACGUAUUACAAGAAACAAGCCGAAAUUUUCAUAAUUUACUUAGCACUUCACAGAAUGAAAUUCAAGCGUUAACAAAAACAUUAAGUGACGCGAGAGAAAUUCAUCAAGAUUUUGUGAAAAUAUUGAAACCAUUAAACGCUGUAGUUGAAUCCGCUAACUGGCUUUAUGACGAAAAUAUUUCGGGAAAUAGCGCUAUUUAUGUGAUUCCGUUGCUAGCUAUUGUACAUUGGAUGUUAUUCGGUAAAAUCGUAGCGAUUUUCGUUAUAAAUUGA